AUGCUGGGUGUUGAUGUGUCUGUACACCGCGAUUUGGGGGCCCCCCGCUGCUUCUGCAGCAGCAAAUCAACCGACCACGGGGGCCCCUCAUUGAAACCUAUAGACAGGGGACCGAAGACGCUGGAGGAGGCCCGCGAAAACCGCCUCCGCUCUUUUAGGGAGCAGGGGUUAACACUGCCAGGGGGGGUUGUCGAUCGCUAUUUGCCUCCCCGGGACCCGAGUGCGUUGCUGCUGGAGCCGCACAAACUAACGAAGGAAGAACAGCGGUUUCAGAUACUCUUCACCGUGCUUCCUUGGUUUUUCUUCGGGUGUAUGUUAGCUGCCCCUCUUUGUCUCGCCCAUUACCACCGCAAAAAAAUGCAAGAGCGGCGGGGCAGCUUAUACGCAGCAUCUUUAAAGCUUCAGGAGCGCUUUAACCUUCCUGUUUUGCUGCUGCUGCACUUCUAUCAGCUGCAGCAGCUUGUAGAACAGCCUUAUGAAGUGCUGCUGCUGCUGCUAAACUCUGCUGCUUUCGGGGCCCACACUGCAGCCUGCAUCUUCACGGAGGUCGCCCUCCUCCUCAGACAGCAUGGCAUAGAGUUACCUGUGGCGAUAUGCGAUAUCGGAGAAGCAGCAAAUAGACAGGGGCCCCCAGGGGGGCCCCCAAGGGGGCCCCCUGGGGGGCCCCCAGGCUCAGGGGGUUCGAAGUUUGCUGCUGCUGCUGCUCCUUAUUUGUUUAUGCUGCUGCCUGAUGGACUAGAGGGAGAACCCGCAGCAAUAGAGAUAGAAGAGUUAAAAGAAGAGAAGAUAUUGAAAUCAACUAUAAAUAAAAAAACAGCACAAACCCUAAUUAAACACAUCGCGACAAUUAGACCCGCAGCGGGCGCUCUCUUGAAAGAAGCAGAGGCUAUUGACGCUGCAGCAGCAGAUCUUCUUCGCUGUGAAUUCGCUGAUGUAUUUGUCGAUCAACACGCAAACCACAAACAAAAUAACCAAAUAACAACUCCAUCAGGGGGGCCCCCAAGGGGGGCCCCCCAACAGGGCCCCCCAAUGAGGGGCCCCCACGAGGGGCCCCCAGCAGGGGCCCCCCAACAGGGGCCCCCAAUGGGGGGCCCCCACGAGGGGUCCCCAACAGGGGCCCCCCAACAGGGGACCCCAAGGGGGGUCCCCCACGAAGGGCCCCCAAUGGGGGCCCCCCAACAGGUGUCCUCAAGGGGGGCUUCCCAAGGGGGGCCCCCAGGGGGCCCCCAAGGGACUUCAGGGGCCCCUGCAUGUGGGGGCCCUACAGAUGGGGGCCCCCUGUGGGGUAUUGCUUAUGGGGGCCCCUCAUUUGAGGGUUUGAAUGGGUUUAGGGGUGAUGAGGGCCCUUUAAGGGUUUGGAGGUUGCAAGAGGCGCUAUCUGCAUGCAGAGAAAGACGAAGAAAGAAAUACGAAACUGUCCUUGUCUGA